AUGAAGUGCAUUCUAUUGUUGGGAGCUUGUGUUGGCAUUCUAGCCUUUGCUGCUUUAACAGAGGCCCAACCACAACGAGUCUAUGUGCAAAAACUACCAUAUUAUCCACCACCAACUCAGCAACCCAGGAUUAUGAGAGCUCGUCGUUCUCCAGAUAAUCCCGCAACCAGCAAUGGAGUCUCAAUUAAAACCAAUACCGUUAGCAGUAACAUAUACAACGGUCCUUCGAACAAGGUGGAUGGCACUGUAACCCAAAGUAAAACCUUUUUCCCCAAUGGCAAAUUUGCUGAAUCCUCAUCGGGCUCGUUGGAUUGGAAAAAUUCCAUGGGUGUAGGUGGUUCCUUGAGUCGUGACAUUAACCAUGGUGUCAGUGAUAGUUUUACCAAAUCAUUGAGUGCGAAUAUUUUCAAUAACGAUCGAAAUAGCGUGGAUGCUAUUUAUUCACACACAAAUACAAAAUUGAAUAAUGGUUUUGGUUUUAACAAAGAAAGUAGUGGAGUGAAAUGGACUAAUGAAGGAGGACAUGGUUUGAGUGGUGGUGUAACGCGUUUUGAAGGUUUUGGCAAACAAGCAUCCGUGGGUGGUCACACAAAUCUCUUUACAUCUAGCGAUGGUAAUACUCGUUUGGAUGCAUUUGGUUCUGGUUCGAAGUGGUUAAGUGGUCCAUUGCAAAAUCAACGAGACUAUAAUUUUGGUAUUGGUGGAAGUCAUUAUUUCCGUGGUUAA